AUGGCCCUCUUAUCAAAUGCCAUUCUGGCCAUUCUAGUUCUCACCGCCACAGCUGUCCUACUUCCGAAGCUAACAGGCGUUCUCCUCGGUCUUGUGUUUCGGGGAGUGGGUUGGCUGAUAUGGCGACGAACAAGAGCUCGCCGGGAAUAUGUGAUCGCGCGGGCGCGAUCUGAAGAGGAUGAGCUACGCGCCUCACAGUCGAAGGGUUCAACAACUUCACCAUCGCGGAACGGUGCCGAGGAUGAGGAUUGGGAGAAGGUGGAUAGUUCAAGCCCAAGCGGGGUACAGGCAUCAACUGGCAGUGUAAUCAGUGGGGAUACUGGUCAGGAAAACAACCGAAGUCCGGAGGACUGGGAUGGGGUUAUUGGGUUCUUCCACCCAUUCUGCAAUGCCGGUGGAGGCGGGGAGCGAGUUCUUUGGGAAGCAGUACGUGCAACACAGAAGCGCUGGCCGAAGGCAAUCUGUGCUAUCUACACAGGCGAUCACGAAGUCAAUAAAGCCACGAUGCUGGAAAAAGUGGAGAACCGAUUCAAUAUUCAUUUACAUGCACCAACCGUAGUGCUCCUAUACUUGACGACCCGCAAGUAUGUUGUUAGUAGCUCAUACCCUUACAUGACGCUGCUGGGACAGUCGCUGGGAUCACUGGUUGUUGCCUAUGACGCUUUUACCCUGCUUGUGCCGGAUAUUUUUGUUGACACCAUGGGAUACGCUUUCACACUUGCUCUGAGCAAGUGGCUUUUCCCGACAGUGCCUGUUGGCGCCUAUGUCCAUUACCCGACCAUAUCAACCGAUAUGCUUGCCUCUCUUGAUGAUAAGAGUGGGGUGCAAGGGAUCAAUUCCGGCGCAGGGAAGGGGUGGAAAGGGAAAAUCAAACGUCGAUACUGGGAGCUAUUUGCCAAGUUGUACGGCUGGGUCGGUCGACAGGUCGAUGUUGUUAUGUGCAACUCGUCGUGGACGGCAGGACAUAUCCGCGCGCUAUGGGGCACCGGAAAGGAAUGCAGCAACAACAGCGGCGACGGGACCGCAUCAUCGCCGGCGGUGGUGUUCCCCCCCAACAGCAAGAAGAAUCACCCGCUAGUCUUGCGCUCCUUUGCGCGCUUCUUACAAGAACGAACAAACAACCCAGCCUACAAAGGCCAGCCCCCUCCACGUCUUAUGCUUAUUGGAUCCGUGCGCCAUGCCAGUCCUGAUGAAACCCACAUCUACAAUCUGCGCCUCUUGGCGCAUGAACUUCGCAUCCGCGAUUAUACCACCUUCUUGUGCGAUGCCAGCUGGCCUGCCAUGCUGUCCCAUCUCAGUACCGCCUCCGUUGGUGUCAAUGCCAUGUGGAACGAGCACUUUGGUAUCUGUGUCGUGGAGUACCAAGCCGCUGGUCUCAUAUGUGUCACACAUGACUCAGGCGGUCCACGUGAAGACAUUGUCAUUGAUUUGGGUGAUGGUGCAACUGGAUUCCGAGCUGAAACAGAAGAGCAGUUUGCUGCUUCUUUCGAGGCUGCUCUUGCUCUUCCGGAGGCAGAGAAACUCGCCAUGCGGCAGCGGGCUCGUCGCUCAUCCCAACGGUUUACCGCAGAGGAAUUCUCCCGCAAGUGGCUAGAUCAAGUACAGAAGCUUGUUAGGGCGUCAAGAGUCUAA